UUCAUGCAUAAGUUCCAUUUUUUAAAUCCCGACUAGAUAGCAUAAAACAACACUAUGCUGCUUAAGAUGCGGUGCUCUGGAUAGCAGCAGCGUAUUCUUAACACUUAUUAAUCAAUUGUGUUAGGGUGUGGUGAAGAAACCAUUGCAACAUUCUUCUUUUGGAGAAAUAUUUGACGUCUUUUAUUCUCGUGGAUUUACACUGUGUGUGCUGGCUGCUGUGUUAUCAUCUUUGGAUGCGACGGCGUGUGUGAAUCAAAAGGAACGUGUUUGAUAAUAUGAUUUAGUCGUAUCAUGGAGUCUCACAUACACAAGGAAAAUGCUUGAUAAGACAAUUUAGCUGUGUCACUGACCGAGUCACACACUCUUUAAUUCUCUGUGGGUAUUCUUCAGUAAUUGUAACCAGUGAUGUUAGCAGUGACAACAGUUGUGUGACCACGAGAGAUAUGUGAUGUAAGACACGAGAAACGAAAACGGAUCGCCAGUGGAUGGUUAGGGGCUUGGGGGCUUCAGUUGUGAAGAGUAGACAGACUUCUUUUUCCACAUGGUCCUUCUGGUUUUCGGAUUUGGCCCAAUUGUUGUUGAGGAUUGCGCUACCUGCUGGUGUCUCUAGACAUUCCUAAAGUUAUUGUGAGGAGUUUGCCUGAAUGUAGCUGGUCUACGUCGAGCGAUUAUAGGAGAGAUUCCCACGACACCACGACCACCACUUCCAAGACGGAGUACGCGUAUGAUCCCUCUAUAUUUUAAGUCGUGUUUGGACCCAGAAGGCCAAAAUCUCUUCCAGGACAGAGUACUCCUAUAAUUAAACGUUUUGUUUGAAGUCGUGUUCGGACUUUGGAGUACACCUAUAAACACCUAUAAUUACGUGUUGUUUUAAGUCGUGAUCGGACUUUGGAGUACACCUAUAAACACCUAUAAUACGUGUUGUUUUAAGUCGUGUUCGGACCCAGACGUCCGCCAUGUCCCGCUACAGCGGUGGCGGGGGCGGGAACGGCCUGCACCGGCCGGCCAGCACGGGCAUCUACCUGUCUGUGUGGGAGAACAAGCUGCAAGAGCUCGUGGAGUUGCUGACGCGGUCGAGUCUAGAGCACCACAAGCUGGACUUGAUGGCGGAGGUGUCGAGUCUCAAGAUGCGGCUGGCGUCUGCCGAGAAGGGUCGGAGGGAGCUGGAUGAUAGGUUCCGGAAUGUGCAGCGUCAGGUUGCAGAACUAGAAGCCAAACUUGUCCUGAAGGAUGCUGAGAACUCAGAGCUCAGGCUGAGGCUGGGCAGGAAUGGAACCCUACCCCUGGAAAAUUCAGACACAGAGGUGGAAAAACUGAAGCGGGCAGUGGAUACACUCAUGGUGGCUAAUGAUGAAAAGGAGCGCAAGCUGGAGGACAUGCGCCGGUUGUUGAAGCGGUACCGUAGGGUGGAGGAAAUUCUGGUCCAGGCACAAGGCAGGAAAGCGGUGGAAGAGCUGUUGAUGAACGUAGAAGACGGAGACACCAGCUCAAACAGUUCCUCCACUACGCCCUCCACGGGCGACCCUGCGCUCCGAGAUCAACAGCAGCUCCACCCAGAAGACCGGUUGGAUGGAAGACACUACAUCUCUUCUCCCAGUGCCACCAGCACACCAGUGCACCAGAGCAGCAGCAGUGAGUCGAGCCGCCUCAACACCAGCUUCAACGGGAGCCCCUCCCCCGCCAUGGCAGCUAUCCCCAUGGGCUCCCGCCAGGCCCUGGGCCUCACCCGCUCAAACAGCUGUGAGAACCUCGUCCCCGGCUCAAAGGCUAAAACGCCGUCAUUCAGAAAGAAAGGUGACGCGGGGGCUGGCCCCGGGCGUCCUGGCUACGGUACGUUGCCCAAACACCGCAGUAAGGAAGAUGUGAGGGAGGCCAAACGGCCGCGGGGCUUCCACGGGCUGGGGAAAACCUUGCUCCGCGUUAGAUCUGGCAAGCGCAGUAGCUCCGCCCCCAAUCUAGCCAACACAGAGGUGGUCACGGACGACGAGGACGGACUACAGCACUACGGCCACGCCCAUGGCGAGUACAAGAAGAAGCGUGGCCUGCGACGCCUGUUUGGCCGACUCAAGCGCAGCAGCUCACAGGACUUUGAGGGCGGGCGGGAGCGAGGAGACGGGGAGGGAGAGUUCCGGCGCGGGGGGAUCCGGGCAACUGCCUCGGCACGCCUGGCCUGGAACAGGGAUGUCAAGGGAAGGAUAAGCAACACGGACGUGCCCUUCACCCGCUGGGACUCGGAGCGUGUGACGGCCUGGAUGAACGACAUAGGACUCAACAUGUACCUGGUGGACUGCAAGCGCUGGGUGCGCAACGGGGAGCAGCUCUUACGAUGUUCUCAGCAUGACCUUGAAAAGGAGCUGGGCAUGAAGAACAUGCUCCACCGCAAGAAGCUGCAGCUGGCCCUGCAAGCUGUGACCUCUGAACUCCCCGACCUGAUGCACGAGCUGGACCACAACUUUGUCGCACGCUGGCUAGAUGACAUUGGCCUGCCCCAGUACAAGGACUCCUUCUACGACGCCAGGGUGGACGGACGCAUGCUUAACUACCUCACUGUUGAAGAUUUGUUCAGCCUUAAAGUUUCCAACGAAGUUCACCACAUCUCCAUCAAGCGAGGCAUCCAGAUCCUCCGGCUCAACAACUUCAACGCUAACUGUUUACGACGACGGCCGACCCCAGAUGAACAAAACCGACAGAUGCUUGGCAAUGCUGGCGAGGUGGUGCUGUGGACAAACCACCGUGUGAUGGAGUGGCUUCGAACCAUCGACCUCUCGGAAUAUGCUCCCAACCUAAGAGGCAGUGGUGUGCACGGGGCCCUUAUGGUUCUGGAGCCAAGGUUCAAUGCAGAGCUGUUUGCUGUGCUUCUGUCUGUGCCCAGCAGCAAGACGCUGAUCCGCCGUCACCUCAGCACGCACUUCAUCAGCCUGAUCGGCACAGAGACACAGACACGCAAACGAGAGUACGAGUCACAGCCUGGGUACAUGCCGCUGGCGGCCAACGGCAAGGUCAAGAAAGGAAAAUUUGGUCUGUUUGGACACAAACGCACAAGAUCGGAGCCUGAGGCAGAGGGUUUGAUAUGUCCCCCUGAUCUGAAUGGUCAAUAUCACAACUCCAACGGCACAAAGCGUGAUGACAAAGCUGCCAAAGAGAUUGGGGCCUAUUCACAAGAAAUCAACUCCUUGACGAACAUGUUGGCUCACGAACGCUUCAUGGACUCUGCCAAGACAUCCAACGUGUAACAAACAAAUGACUGCGGGGAACAAGACUUGUCAUCAUGUGUGGAUAUUUGUCAAUCAGCUGUUCGGGGAGUUAUUUUUUUUUCCCCUGGAAAUUUCCCCCCACCCACCAUCUCCUUUCCCCCCCUCCCCAUCCUUCAGACCAUGGGACUUGUGUAAACAUCUGUGGAGACAUGUCAUGUCAUGUUGAUUUGCCCCGGCUCUGAUUCUUCUGUGAGGUCAAGGAUCAAGGUUAUUGUGGGUGUACAGUGAGCAACAUUGACAGCCCAUCUGCACACGAUCAGAAGUACAGAAAGACAAGAUCCUGAGCUAACUCCUCCUCAGUUGGUCAGUUGUUUGGCCCUGUGCAUCUGAAAGAGUGGAAAUGAAUAACCUCCCCACCCCCUCCUCCCCCUCCCAAAUGAUCUUCAUGUGUCGACGGAGAUUUCAAACUUUUGGAGUCCUAUUGGGAAUCAUCGAAGCUGUUCUGAUCUUCAUUCACGCAGAUUUCACACAAGCAGAAACAUUAAGGGUUCUCUGAUCUUCAGUUGCAUAGAUUUUGCACGUGUGUGGGAGUCCUCGAGGCUGUUCUGAUCUUCGGUCACUGAGAUUUCACACAUGUGGGGGUUGUCAUCUUCUGCUGGUCAGUGGACGUUGGUCUAGGUUUGUUGGACAGUGUCAAGAUCGUGUACAGAGAGCGAUAUCGAUAUUCGUGUGGAUGUGUGUGCUCUUUUGUGAUAGGCAUUGGAGAAGUUCAAGAUGUUCUGGGAUUUCUGCUAUGUUGGUCAUGCAUUCAGCUUCAGUUGCCGUGCAGCUCAACAGUGCUUGAGUGAUAUUCUCAUCUUCGCAUGCAAUACAGCUCGCUUGUAAACCAUCGCUGUUGGAGGGGAGAGAACGUCAUCUGAUCUAUGUUGCAAUAACGUGACAUCUGUGCUGCAAUUUGGAUGUAUGGGGAACAACUUUUCUCUCGGUCUCGGCGCUUUUUGCGGUUUACACCGGUUGCUGCCUCUAACUUUAUUUUAACGCAUUGAAUGGGGUGUAAAAAAUGUUUCUCUCCCAUUUUCAACUCUCCUCCUACACUUCUUUGCUUCUGCACCCGUUGCAGCCUAGUGAAAGGCAUCAGGGGAAGAGGCCACUUUCCUGUUGCUGGUGAGGGCAGCGUCUUGUGCCUGGGUUUCUGCGGAGCUGACAGGUUGAGACUCAUGGCUCCACGAGCUGGCGGAAGGUGUUUGAGGUCUUUGCACUCUCUGGAGCAUGACGACCAAGCCAAAACACUGAUGUGAAGGUGCAACACAUACAGGAGAAGUGCUAGAACUCUUUUUUGCCACCCACCUAUUUCUUGCUACGCA